CGUCCCACAAUCUGUGGUGUUCGUCCAGCGGUCUGCUGCAAUGGCGCUCCUCCGAACUUCUCUAUUGUUGGCAGUAGUACCAGUCCUUGUGUUCAGUCUCCCCUACUCAGAGGAGGUGUCGCAGAUCAAGCGUUCCUCGGGUCCGCAAUGUAUGGCGUGCUCCUUGUCUGAUCAUCCCAACCAGUGUACAAAGACAGUUCGGUGUGAGGAAGAUGAGGUUUGUUACGUGGAAAAAGUGACGUUAUCAGGAACGACGAACAAGUUCAACCAGGGAUGUACCAGAAGACAGUACUGUACUAUGUUCAACGGUCCUGUGGUGGGGAAGAGGGAGAACAGACGCGACAGUAACAAGGACAAACGUGUCAUACCAUUGUGUAACGAGUGUUGUACUGGCGACCUAUGUAAUGUCGCCGAGUGCGGUUUAGGAGCUACAACAGCUCCUCCGCCAACGGUGGCACCUAACAGCACCACAUGGGCCCGUUUGAUUGGAGGUUCGAAUCCCUAUGAAGGGCGCGUUGAGGUGUACCAUAAUGGUAGAUGGGGGACAAUAUGUGAUGACCAUUGGAGUGGAGAGAACGCGGCCGUUAUUUGUGGAAUGAUGGGAUUCGGACGUGAUGGUGCUGGGGCAGUGGCAGCAGCUGGAUUUGGACAUGCACCAAGCUAUGCCCAUAUUUGGCUGGAUGAAGUAAACUGUACUGGAACCGAGACUAUAAUUGAUCAAUGUCCAAGUAAUGGCUGGGGCCAGAAUGACUGUUCCCACAAUGAAGACGCGGGUGUGGUGUGCUCCCCAAUGAGACCACAGGACAACUUCAUACUUCUUGUGGAUACUGGAGUGGGUGGACUAAUUUUUCGAAUGGACAUCGACACACAGAGUUUCUCUCCCAUCCCGAUGAAUACUUUGUACUCGCCCUCAGCUAUUGACUACGAUCCUACAGAAGCGCGUAUCUACUUUGUCGACCCAACUCUCAAACAGCUUCUCAGUGUUCACUUCAGCGGUACCGACAUCAGGGAGCUGCAGCAACUCGACCCAAAUGCUGAUUUAGAGAAGGUUGCCGUAGAUCCCAUCAACAAGGUGCUAUUCUAUGCUGAUACCGGAAACGACUUCGUCGCCUCCAUUAACCUAGACGGAAGUGACUUUAAAGUCCUCGCCAAUGAUACCGUAGAUGAGCCUCGAGAUUUAGCAAUUGAUCCCGAAAGAAGAGUGGUGUACUGGACAGACUGGGGAAGCACACCAAAGAUCGAGAAGAUGAAUUAUGAUGGAACAGGAAGACAGACCCUAGCUUCUACCAACAUGAAAUGGCCAAAUGGACUCGCUUUGGAUUACACAACCAACAUAUUGUACUUCGUGGACGCCAGUACUGACCAAAUAGAGCGCAUGAACACAGACGGAACUGGCCGUGCUGUCGUCAUGUCGGACCCAGGCUCACACAUGUUCGCCCUUUCUCUGUACAAACAGUACAUCUACUACACCGACUGGACCAGGACUUCCGUGAUGCGAGUUAACAAGGACGGAACCGGAAAGACAACUGUGGGGCCACCCUCCUUCAAACAGCUGGCAGACAUCCACGUACACCACUAUGGUACAGGCAUGCCAGGUGUGGUUACGCCAGCGCCCAUUGUACAAGACGAAACACACAUGUUUGUUCGAUUGAUGGGUAAAGGAAAUCACAACGAAGGUUUGGUCGAAGUGUACGCUAACGGAGUGUGGGGCACCAUUUGCGACGACGGCUGGACUAAUGCCGACGCGGGUGUCGUCUGUGAAAUGAUGGGUUUUGGCAGAACGAACGCAGUUGGCGUGCAGGAGGCUUUCUACGGAAGUGACAACAACAUUCUAAUAUUUUUGGAUGAAGUCAACUGUACCGGCCAGGAGUCUCACAUUGCUCAGUGUACACUACCCAGUGACUGGGGAGUACACGACUGUGGUCACAAUGAGGACGCCGGAGUCAACUGUCAGUUAGACCCCUCAACCAUUAGGAGUUUUGUGUUGAUGGCCGAUUCCUACAAUUCCGAGGUUUACCGAAUGGACUUAGAGACCGGAAGUUACUCUGCUAUUCCAAAUGCUAAUGUAUAUUCCCCUAUUGCUAUUGACUACGACCCUGUAAGUCACAACAUUUUCUACACUGACGUCCGAUCGGGUAUCAUCAGACGGUCGACCUUAGACGGAGCCACGCAGACGGAUCUUAUACAACUAAACAGAAUCGCCACUCCGGAUGGUCUGGUCGUUGACGACACAAAUCGUCUUUUAUUUUACACCGAUACCGGAAAUGAUGUCAUCGGUAAAGCAGGUAUUGAUGGUACUGGUAACACGAACAUCAUCACCUCCAACUUAGACCAACCAAGAGCGAUAACCGUUGACAAAAAGAAUCAGGUGGUAUACUGGACAGAUUGGGGAAAUAACCCUAAGAUUGAGAAGGCUAACUAUGACGGAAGUGGCAGACAAGUCAUCGCUAAUGGCACAGGGCUUCAGCUCCCUAACGGUCUAACCUUCGACGAUAAAGACAACAAGCUGUACUUCUGUGAUGCCGGCACCAACAAGAUAGAGGUAAUGAACACAGAUGGCAGUAACAGACAGGUACUCUUCGAGGACUCCGGGGCGCACUUCUUCGGCGUAGACACUGACGAGCAGUAUAUAUAUUUCUCAGACUGGACCAAGGACGGAGUGAUGAAAAUACAGAAGUCUGGAGUUGGUGAGAUCCCGAUCGGACCCCCAAGCUUUGUUCGUGUUAACGGUGUAGCUGUUUACGAAUCCAACUCUGGCUAAGUACAGGAUUAUACAGAGGAUCGAGUUCAUCAUGAAAGUCCUCAGUGAAUGGAAGAUUGAUAAUGUGGUUGGUGUGUAGUUGUUUGUAAUAAAUUCUGUACAAAUAAAAAGAAUUGAACAAAA